AUGGAUCACAAGACGCUAGCAACCUCGAGCCUCAUGAUCGCGGCAUAUGCCCAAUCUGGGCAUCUAUACAAAUCCUGGAACUUGUUCUUACGAAUGGAAAGCCGGGACUUUCUUAUCUGGACGGCACUUGUGACUGCGUGUGCUGAUAUUGGUAACCUCGACGAAGCUCUUCGAGUCCUUCAUCAGAUGCCGAACUGGGAUGUGGCUCCCUGGACUGUUGUUCUUCCAGCAUUUGCCCGGAUUGGGGAUUAUGAUUCUGCUAGAAGACUAUUUGAUAGUAUGCCGUACACAGAUAGGAUCUCUCAAAAUGCAAUGCUCAAUGUGUAUGGACAAGAUAAUAGGACUCAUGAAUUGAAACAGCUCUUCCGCAACAUGCCCGAGUGGGAUAUCAUAAGCUGGACUUCUAUGAUGGCUGCAAAUGCCACACAAGGUAAUGUGGACGAUGCGCGAGGCUUGUUUGACAGGAUCCUGCAGCGGAACACUGUGGCAUGGAACACCAUGAUCCAGGCUUACGCCGAGAAGAAUAACCUCCAUGAGGCUCUCUCGAUGUUCAUGGCGAUGGAGCAGCCGGAUGUCAUCUCCUGGACGCACCUUACUGCUGUCUUCUCUGAAAAUGGAUUCCUUGAUCAAGCAAAGUUCAUGUUUGACAGGAUCCCUCUGCGAGAUAUGGUCUCUUUCAAUGGAAUGCUUGCGGCUCUCCUCAAGAACGAUUGUCUUGAUGAUGCCAAGGCAAUGUUUAAUGAGAUCCCGGAGAGAAACCUGGCAUCCUGGAAUCUCUUGAUCGGUGGGUUCUCGGACCAAGGAGAGCUUGACGCCGUGAAGCAUUCGCUGGAGAUAAUCCCGCAGCGAGACUUCAUCUCGUGGAACUCAUUGGUGGCAGUCUAUGUCCAAGCUCAUCAGCUCGACCAAGCAAAAGCCGCUUUUGACGAACUUCCCCAGCGAGAUUGGUCGUCAUGGAAUCUCUUAGUCUCGGGUUACGCUCAAACAGGAAAACUCCAAACAGCGGCACAAUGGUUCGGUCGAAUGCCGCAGUGGAACGUUGUCUCAUGGAACGCUCUCAUCGCCGGCCAUGCCAAGCAUGGCGUCGAGUCGAUUGCAUUGAAUCUCCUCUCAAGCAUGAGCCUGGAAGGAGUAAUACCAGACUCAACCACAUUUAGCAGCCUUUUGGCCGUCUACAGCCACAAAGGGAGCCGAGAAAUCUUUGGACUCAUGGUCCAAGACCACUGGAUCGAUCCGAGCUUACAGCAGUUUUGCGGUGUGGUGGACGCCUUGGGCCGGAGUGGCAAGCUGAGUGAGGCUGAGGAGCUUGCGUCUGCCAUGCCUUAUUUGCCAAACUGUGCGGUAUGCAAUGCACUGCGUGUAACAUCCAUAGCGAUGUGA